AUGCUUAAGUUUGUUACAAAAGAGAUGGAUAUCAAGCUUCGAGGUGAAGCCGAUUUCACAGCUACUCUUGAAGAUCCAAUUGAACUCUUGAAACAAAUUGAACGAUUCAUGAAGAAGAGUGCCGAUGCUGAGUCUGACUUCUUGGAUUUCUGGGAAGCCAACCAAAAGUUCUUUGCUAUGAAGCAAGGAACAACCGAAAACUUGAUGCAUUUCAAGGAACAAUUCUUGAGACAGGCUGAAGCCAUGCAAGAUCUAUAUGGCGUUGCCUGGUUCCGAAAUUUUGCAGUCAAGACGAAGGCGUAUGCUGCUAUUGCUAGCACCGAUACUGCUGCUACAGACAAGUUCAAGGAUGAUAUCUUGAAGCCGUUCUUGCAACAGGAUUUCUGUGCAACUGUGAUUGAACGAGAACAGCUCCUCUGA